AUGAGCUCCGCGAGCCGCCGAGAGAGCUUCACUAGUGCCAAUGGCCUACGUCUCGUGGAUCAUCAGACGCUUGAUCCACCAACAUCAACGUGGGAUAUCUUUCGCCUCGAUCUACCGGGAUUAAAAGGCUCUAGCAACUCUGCCAAUAAUACCUCCUCCGAAUCCUCAGGACAAUCUGCGACCCCAGCCACACCACUCCCGACCUACCAGCAGAAGACACCGUCGCCUUCUAUACCUCUUACCCCACAGAUGGUAUACCUUCUCAAUGAAUACCGGAAAGGGCUCGCGAGGUGGAUGGAUAUCUUUGAUCAUAAUUGUACCUAUCAACGGGAAAUCCCCAGACGCGCAUUGACGUCGGAGCUUCUUCUCUCCUGCAUUUGCGCCUUUACUGCGAGACAGCUUAGUCUCUCGGCGUCUGGAGAAAUCUGGACACCCGUCGCCACCAACUAUUACGCGCAAGCCUUGAAUCUGCUGAUCAAACUAUUGAACAGCCCUGCUUCUCAGGAUAACACACUGAGCGCCGUCAUGCUCUUGAGCAGUUAUGAGGUCUUGGCGGCGCAAGGACAAGAACAUCGCCGACACUAUGAAGGCGCUAUGAAGCUUAUCUUUAUGCAAGGGAUUAGCGCACGAUCCUUCGGGCUAGACCGAGCCAAUUUCUGGAUCUGGGUCCGGCAUGAGAUUUCGGUGUCCAUCAUCAAUGAGUCCCCGUUGCAGAUGAGUCCGAAGUAUUGGAAUGUCAGCUGGCGGGAAGGGGAGACAGAGGAGGAUGCCUUGGGAAACCAGAUAUUGUGGUUGGUCGGCAGAGCGGUUGACUGGGUAUAUGGCAACGGGACGCUAUCUGAAUAUUAUGAUCUCUUACGAGAUACGGAGCAUUGGUAUGCGGGCUUAUCUGAAUCCUUUCGGGGGGUCAAGUAUGGAGAUCUGGUCGAAGAUGGACUGUGCAAGGUGCAUUUCUCUCUCCCCGCUGCUGCUGCGGCAAUCAUUUGGUACCAUCUUCUCCAUAUCCUCCUUUAUGCCGAGCCUGUGCUCAAGGAUGCGGCAUACGCGACAAGUGUUCAAGAACAUGCCACGGAGAUCAUCAAUAUAUCAAUCUCCGAUCUCCCUAACGAAGUGCGUUGCUUUUCUAUAAUUCCACUCUACUUCGCGGGAAAGCACGUUGAUAGCGUUAUCAGGAAAACCAGAAAGUGCUCCAACAACUUCUCGAGCCAACACAUCACAGAGAAUGGUAUGACGCGAGCCCGUCUACUCUACCACCCGAGCAGCAUUAAGAGAGGUGACCGACUGGGAUACUAG